AAGUUUCCACCAGACGCCGCGCUCCCAGGGGGCUGACCGCACCGUGGCGCGCGGUCACUACAGCUCCCCACUUCCAGCCUCCCCCACCACACACGCCAGAACUGCGAAUCCUGUCACUGCCUCUCUACCUGCCCUGGAUUUCAUAUAAAGAACCACACGCGCAAACACCUGCAACAGAGAAGCCAACAACAAAGUAGAAAAAGCUCCGUUGACAAGAUAACAGCAAGUAAUGAAGACCAGAUGCCUUUAGGCACUCCGUGUGGACCCUCUGCACAGACCCAUGAGACGUGGAGGGAGUCUCCAGAUCCCAGCAGGACCGUAAGGCCUGUCCUCGGCCCCGCAGCCUGUGGAGAUGAACGGGGAGCAGCAGCUUGAUGCAGAGACCGGCUCUGGCGUGGAGGAAGUGGAGCUAAGCUGGGAGGACUACCUAGAAGACACGGGGUCGACGGCGGUUCCCUACGGGUCCUUCAAACAUGUGGACACGCGGCUGCAGAACGGCUUUGCUCCGGGGAUGAAACUCGAGGUGGCCUUGAAGACGGAGCCUGAGACCUACUGGGUGGCCACGGUCAUCACCACCUGUGAGCGGCUGCUGCUCCUUCGCUACGAUGGCUACGGGGAGGACCGGAAGGCAGACUUCUGGUGUGACAUCAGGAAGACGGGCCUCUAUCCCAUCGGGUGGUGUGAGCAGAACCAGAAGACCCUUGAAGCCCCAGAAGGUCUCCGAGACAAAGUGUCUGACUGGGGUGAGUUUCUGCGCCAGAGCCUCGCGGGAGCCUGCAGCCCGCCUGCGCCCCUGCUGGAGGGCCUCCGGAACGGCAGGAGCCCAUUGGACCUCAUUGCCCCCGGCUCCAGGCUCGAGUGCCAGGCUUUCCAGGACACAGUCGGCACAUGGCCCGUCACCGUGGUGGAGAACAUUGGGGGCCGGCUGUGGCUGCGCUACGCGGGCCUGGACGGCCUGGAGGGUUCUGAGCACUGGCUGUACUACUUGGACCCAUUCCUCCACCACAUCGGCUGGGCCGCUCAGCAGGGCUACGAGCUCCAGCCCCCCUUAGCUGUCAGACACCUGAAAACUGAAGCUGAGUGGCAGGAACUCUUGGACAAAGUGAGAGAGGAGGAGGAAGAGCCCCUGCCGUCCUACUUGUUUAAGGACAAACGGACCAUCGGCACUCACGCUUUCUCUGUGAACAUGAAAUUGGAAGCCGUGGAUCCCCAGUCUCCUUUCGGGAUCUCUCCCGCUACGGUUGUUAAGGUCUUUGAUGAGAAGUACUUCCUGGUGGAAAUGGAUGACCUGCGGCCGGAGCCGCACCCCCGGCGCUCCUUCGUGUGCCACGCGGACAGCCCUGGCCUCUUCCCCGUGCAGUGGAGUCUGAAGAACGGCGUGCACAUCACCCCCCCUCCAGGCUGCCCGAGCCAGGACUUCACCUGGGCCGACUACCUCAAACAGUGUGGUGCUGAAGCUGCUCCCCAGAGGUGCUUCCCUGCGUCCACUUGGGAGCACGAGUUUAAGGAGAACAUGAAGCUGGAGGCGGUGAACCCCCUGCUGCGAGAGGAGGUGUGUGUGGCCACCAUCAGGAGCGUGAGGGGCGCCUACCUGUGGCUUCAGCUGGAGGGUUCCAAGAAGCCCGUCCCCGAAUGCAUCGUGAGUGUGGAGUCCAUGGACAUAUUUCCUCUGGGCUGGUGUGAAACCAACGGGCACCCGCUCAGCGCUCCCCGCCGGGCACAAGUGUGCAAGCAGAGGAAAGUCGCAGUGGUCCCGCCGGAGAAACAGUAAGUCACGCAGCAGGUGGCCCGUGUGGCAGUGUAAAGUCAGGCGCUCCGUUCAGCCACGUCCAUUAUGAUGAAUGGGAAAUACUGCUGUCCAAAGAUAUACUUCAACCAUCGUUGCUUCUCAGGGCCGUACCUCAACAAAGGGAGGAUUGCAGAGCUGCCUCGGUGUGUGGGGCCAGGGAACUGUGUGCUGGUCCUCAGAGAGGUACUCACCUUGCUCAUCAAUGCUGCCUACAAGCCCAGCCGCGUGCUCCGGGAGCUCCAGCUGGACCAGGACUCGGGGUGGCACGGGUGUGGCGAGGUCCUCAAAGCCAAAUAUAAAGGAAAGAGCUACCGCGCGACCGUGGAGAUCGUGAAAACAGCUGACCGGGUGAUGGAAUUCUGCCGGCAAACCUGCAUCCAGCUGGAAUGCUGCCCUAACCUCUUCGGCCCUCGGAUGGUUCUGGACAAGUGCUCCGAGAACUGCUCUGUGCUUACCAAGACUAGAUACACACACUACUACGGGAAGAAGAGGAACAAGAGGGUCGGGAGGCCGCCUGGUGGGCACGGCCGCCUGGCGUGUGUCCUGAAGAAGGCCAGUAAGAGGAGGAAGAGGCGGAAAAGCGCUUUUGUUCAUAAGAAGAGACACUCAUCCCCGUCAGUGGACAACACACCAGCCGGCUCGCCACAGGGGAGCGGGGGUGAGGACGAGGACGAGCCCGAGGAAGGGGACGGCGACUCCCUCAGCGAGGGCAGCCUGUCCGAGCAGCAAGACGAGCUGCAGGAGGAGUCGGAGCUGUCUGAGAAGAAGUCCUGCUGCUCCUCCCCGACGCAGAGCGAGGUGUCCGCCUCACUGCCCGCAGACCGGGGCCAGAGGAAGAGGGAGCCACGCACUUUAUCGUUCUCGGACGACGAGAACAGACCCCCUUCACCAAAGGACACGAGGCUCGAGGUGGCUGAAAGGCUUCACCUGGACAGUAACCCCCUGAAGUGGAGUGUGUCGGACGUCGUCCGGUUCAUCCGGUCCACCGACUGUGCCCCUCUGGCAAGAAUCUUCCUGGACCAGGAGAUCGAUGGGCAGGCCCUGCUGCUCCUCACCCUCCCCACGGUGCAGGAGUGCAUGGACUUGAAGCUGGGCCCUGCCAUCAAACUCUGCCAUCACAUAGAGCGGAUCAAGUUUGCAUUCUAUGAGCAGUUUGCCAACUGAGGAGAGCCACCAAAGCGGACCUGUGAAUCUCGGAAGCACAAAGAGGGCGGCAUUACCCGGCUCGGCCCGCGGGCAUCUCGGCUGUCUGCACUUUCAGGGAAGGAGGCCCCGCUCUGAGGAGGCACACGCUGGGCAAGGAAGGAGCCGCCCUGCUCCUGCUCUGCAGAGCAUGCCAGGCUGUGGGGGAAGGCCACGUGUGCAGAAUUCGGCGUGGUGUGGGCAUGAAGGGGGCGGGCAGGGCUGCUGGCAGGCACCCUUCUGGCAGCUUUCUGUACCCCCUACCCCUGCCCACUGCAGGUGGGACUCUGCCCUCUGCGGUCGCCACCUGGGCAGGAUAGGACGUAGCUUUAAGACGGCGCUGACGUGGGACUGUGCCCCCGCACCGCAGCGCUCCACUGUCUGUGUGUUUUUAAGCUUUUUUAAAUUAAACCAGUUCGUGUGGGGGUGAC